AUGGCCGCCCUAUCAUCAUCCCUGUUGGGUGCUCGUCACAUUCAAAACCUAAGUGCUGCGACAGUAUUAGAGCCUCAUUGGGGGUAUGCCGACCGGGCAGUCCCUUGUACAAGUGAUCCGGGUUCCUGCGCAUAUCUCGAUGUUGUAUAUUCAGCCCAUGAUCGGGGGAUGCUCUAUAGCGGCAUCUUCUGGUCUAUCAUUGGCGCUAUUCUACUCAUCUGGGCAUGUUGGAGACAUUAUGAUCGCCCGAUGAUGAGUCCGGUUCUCGUUGCUCCUCAAUUAUCCGGUCUAUACAAAACUCGUCGCUCAUUUGCGGCGCUCACAAAUCAAUUCCUACUGCCAGAUGCGUGCCGUAUAUUCUUUGGCCGUACUACCCGCCUCCAGGUCCUCAUCCUCGCCUCACUGGCUUCCUAUCUACUUGUGUUCAGCUUUGUCGGAAUUUCAUACAACACUUGGGUCACGCCCGUAUCGGGCAUGUCGAACACUUAUAACACUCGCUCAAGUAUCGGUCCCUGGGCGGAUCGCAUCGGCGUGUUUGCAUAUGCCCUCACCCCACUCUCAAUCAUGUUGAGUAGCCGAGAGUCUUUUCUCUCUCUCAUUACUGGCGUCCCGUACCAGAGUUUCAAUUUUUUGCACCGAUGGCUAGGGUACAUUAUCUUUGUGCAAAGUUCUCUCCACACAAUCGGCUGGUGCAUUGUCGAACUCAGGCUUUAUCAACCACAGCCAUCAGUUGGAAUUGAAUGGGUCACUCAGACAUACAUUGUUUGGGGUAUCGUUGCCAUGAUUCUCUUGCUUAUGAUGUUCGCCCUCAGCACUCCCUGGGGCAUCAGGGCCACGGGGUAUGAGACUUUUCGAAAGCUCCACUAUGUUCUCGCCAUGGUCUAUAUCGGUGCCUGCUGGGGUCACUGGAAGCAAUUAAAGUGUUAUCUGUGGCCCUCCCUGAUCUUCUGGUUUCUGGAUCGCGGUGCUCGAUUUGUCCGGACGGCAAUUCUGCAUUACCAUCCAGAUCAAUUUGAUCAAUCGCGAAUGUUGAGCUUCAAACCAGCAGAAGCAGCUAUCACUCGAUUUCCAGAUGAGGAGUACGGCGAUGUCAUCCGACUCGAUAUGGAAAAUCCACAAGAUAUUUGGGAUGUUGGCCAACACUACUACCUGUGCUUUCAGAAAGGAAGCAUCUGGCAAUCACACCCCUUCACCCCACUCAAUGCCCCAACUCUUUUGCAAGGAAGAGUGAAGCAUUCAUACAUCUUCCGGGCCAAGAAGGGCGAAACAAAGAAAAUCGCCGAUCUCGCUGCAACCGGCAUUCCAACGACACCAGUCAUCCUAACGGGUGCCUACGGAGAAGCAAUCAUGGAGAACUUGACGCCUGACACAAACAUCAUUUGCGUCGCAGGUGGUACCGGAAUUACAUAUGUCCUCGGGGUCUUACUCGAGCUUGCACAACAAGCACCAUCUCCCGACCGAAAAAUCGAGCUCAUCUGGGCAAUCCGUCACACGUCCAAUACUAAAUGGAUCAGUGAAGAGCUUUCUUUACUACGAAAAGCCAAGAAAAACCUGAAUCUUAAGGUCAAGAUAUUUGCUACGAGAGAUUCUAAUAGCAGACCCCACUCUAUUGAGGUGGAUGAGCCAUCGAAAGCUUUUGCAGCAGAUGAGGACGAGAAAGCCGUGCAGGUGAAACCCGUCUGUGCUGCAUCUGAUUCUGAUGUUUGUGACUGUCCGAGUGGCUCAGUUGAGAAGCUCGGUGGUUCAGCAAAUAGCAGCCAAAGACAUCCUUCUCUUCAUAAAAUGAUCCCGGGCUUCUUGGAGGACACUGUCAGGGGACCUACUACCGUCUUUGCCAGCGGGCCUGGCGGGAUGAUUAGUGACCUGCGCAGCAUUGUUGCUUCCUGCAAUUCUGGCUCCAAAGUAUGGAAGGGCCAGGAGAGAUUUGACGUUAGCCUUAUCUGUGAUGAUCGGUUGGAAUGGUAG